CCGUGGGCGGUUCCAUUGUGAUAAGAGCUGCGCGCUGCGGCACCGGACAAAGGCGCAGGUUUUCCCCUCGAGUUGCAGAAGAGCGAGAGCCCAGAUCCGGGGAAGGACCGAUCAUAAACACGCGUCAUGGCUCAGAAGACAGUGCUGAUUGUGUACGCCCAUCAGAGUGGGGAGUCCUUUAACUCGGCAGCGAAGGAUGUUGCCGUGGAAGCCCUCAGACAGCAGGGCUACAAGGUUGUUGUGUCUGACCUCUACGCCAUGAACUUCAGAGCCUCCGCCACAAUGGAGGAUAUCACAGGUGAGGUGAAGAACCCGGAGCACUUCAAGUACGGAGAGGAGACCAUGCAAGCCUGGAAGGAGGGUCGACUCAGUGAUGACAUCGUAGCUGAGCAGCGGAAAGUGGAGGCGGCGGAGCUCGUCAUCUUCCAGGUCAGAGGUCACACACUCCUCUCUCUCUCCUUCCCCUCAAAUUUCUUUCUGUCUCUCUCCCCUUCCCCCCCUCUCUCUUUCUGUCUCACUCCCCUUCCCCCCUCUCUCUCUUUCUGUCUCACUCCCAUUCCCCCCUCUCUCUCUUUCUGUCUCACUCCCCUUCCCCCCUCUCUCUCUUUAUGUCUCACUCCCCUUCCCCCUCUCUCUCUUUCUGUCUCACUCCCCUUCCCCCCUCUCUCUUUCUGUCUCACUCCCCUUCCCCCUCUCUCUCUUUCUGUCUCACUCCCCUUCCCCCUCUCUCUCUUUCUGUCUCACUCCCCUUCCCCCUCUCUCUCUUUCUGUCUCACUCCCCUUCCCCAUCUCUCUUUUUGUCUCACUCCCCUUCCCCCAUCUCUCUUUUUGUCUCACUCCCCUUCCCCCACCUCUCUUUCUGUCUCACUCCCCUUCCCCCUCUCUCUCUUUUUGUCUCACUCCCCUUCCCCCUCUCUCUCUUUCUGUCUCACUCCCCUUCCCCCUCUCUCUCUUUCUGUCUCACUCCCCUUCCCCCUCUCUCUCUUUAUGUCUCACUCCCCUUCCCCCCUCUCUCUCUUUCUGUCUCACUCCCCUUCCCCCCACCUCUCUUUCUGUCUCACCCCCCUUCCCCCCACCUCUCUUUCUGUCUCAC